CCCAAGAAAUCUCGAUCGCGAGUGAGGCAAUGGGCAGCAUCGAGCACAUGGAAGCUCCCGGCACUGUCCUGAACUCCUGAUCGUAUCCCGGCGCAUGGUCCGGCCGUCGAGCCGUGGCUGCACGCCGUCGGAGGUCAUCCACUUAACGCCAUGGGACCUCCGCCUCCUCACCAUAGACCACAUCCAGAAGGGCAUCCUCCUGCCCAAGCCCCCCGUCGGCGGCAAGCGCCUCGUAGACGCCCUCGCGUCCUCCUUGGCGCGCGCCCUGGACCGGUACUGCCACGUUGCAGGCCGGCUCGCCGUCGAGGAGCUCGGCGACGGGACGGUCACCGUCGCUCUGCGCUGCACCGGGGAAGGCGCCGAGCUCGUCCAUGCGGCGGCGCCCGGCGUGGCCGUCGCGGACCUCGUGGGCUCGGUGCACACCCCAUCGCCGGUGGUCUGGGACUUGUUCUCGCUGAACGGUGUGCUUGACGCGGACGCGGCCAUCGAGUCUCUCCCCGUGCUGUCUGCGCAGGUCACUGAGCUCGCCGACGGCGUCUUCGUGGCCGUGUCCAUGAACCACUCCGUCGGCGACGGCACCUCCUUCUGGGAGUUCUUCAACGCAUGGUCGGAGAUCCACCGACACCGAGGCGACGUCAAUGGCAACGGCCUAAACAAGGUGAAGAUGGUCUCGACGCCCUCGCCGGUGCUCGCGAGGUGGUUCGUCGAGACGAGCCCCGUGCCGAUCCCCUUGCCGUUCAGCAAGCUGCAGCACGUCCUGCGGCGGUUCGAGCUCCCGCCGGUGCGAGAAGGCUUCUUCACCUUCUCGGCCGCGAGCGUGAAGAAGCUCAAGGCGAGGGCGAACGCCGAGAUGACCGGCGUGGCCACGGCGACCAUCUCGUCGCUGCAGGCCCUGCUCGCGCACCUCUGGCGGGCAGUGUGCCGGGCUCGGCGCCUCGCACCGGGGCAGGAGACGUUCUACGCCGUCAUCAUCGGGUGCCGGGGGCGCGUGCGCGGCAUCCCGCCGGGCUACGUGGGCAACGCCGUGGUGCCCGGCAGGGCGGUGUGCGCGGCCGGCGAUGUCCUGGAGAAGGGGCUGGGCUGGACGGCUUGGCAGCUGAACCGCGCCGUGGCGUCGUUCGACGAGGCGGCGCUGAGGGGGUUCCUGGAACGCUGGGUCCGGGAGCCGACGUUCUCGUUCACCGGGGACCUGUCGUCGGCGGCGGCAGGGGGCGCGGGGCUGGAGACCGGGAGCUCGCCGCGGUUCGACGUGUUCGGGAACGACUUCGGGUGGGGACGGCCGGUGGGCGUGCGGAGCGGCCUCGGCGACAAGACGGACGGGAAGGCGACGGUGUUCGAGGGGCCGGAGCGGGGAGGGAGCAUGUCGCUGGAGGUGUGCCUGGCGCCGGACGCGCUGGAGAGGCUGGUCGCGGACCACGAGUUCAUGGACGCGGUGACCCUUCCCGCGCGCGUGUGACCCUUCCCGCGGGCGUGUGACCCUUCCAGCUGAUGAGGGAUUGCUCGGCUUGCGGUGUAGUGUCGCGUGCGCGUAUGCAUUGCCAUGUCAUCACGUCAAAACAUCCUUUCGUGUCCUCUUUUUCUCCAUGGCCAUGCAACUGCACGAUUUAGUCGUGGCAAGCGCCCACCACUUCUCUUUCUCUAUUUUUUUCUUCAAGUUAUCGCUCACUUCAUUCAAAUCAAAUGGUAUUUACUCCCUCUGUAGAAAAAUAUAAAAGUGUUUAGAUCACUAAAGUAGUGAUCUAAACGCUCUUAUAUUUCUUUAUGGAGGGAAUACAUCCUUAAUCUGUUCAGCUAGAAGGAAACUAGGAGGGUCUCCAUGCCAGGAAAUUACAUCAUGAGGAUCAUAAGAACUUCUAGCUAAGGCAUGUGCCACACCAUUUACUUAUCUUCAACAAUGUGUGAAGGAUACUGAUGCAAAUCCGGCAGCCAAUGGUCCUGCCCCGGGCCAACUGUGGUGCUACAUUGUUCAACAGUGGUGAAUAGUAUUACUAUGUCUACAGUUAACAAAGGAUUUUGCUGA